AUGGCCGGCGGGGCGCGCCGCGCGCUGCCGGCGGCGCCCGGCGCCCUGCUGCUGCUGCUGGCGCUGCUCUGGCCACUGGGGGUGUUCGGUGGAUACCACGAAAAGCGGCUACUGCAUCAUCUGCUAGACCACUAUAACGUGUUGGAGCGACCAGUCGUCAAUGAAAGCGAUCCUCUCCAACUGUCUUUUGGCCUCACACUCAUGCAGAUCAUUGACGUGGAUGAAAAAAACCAAUUAUUAAUCACCAACAUUUGGCUAAAACUCGAAUGGAAUGAUAUGAACGUGAGGUGGAAUACUUCUGAUUUUGGAGGUGUCAAAGACUUAAGAGUUCCGCCACACAGAUUAUGGAAACCAGACGUCCUUAUGUACAAUAGUGCCGAUGAAGGUUUCGACAGCACAUAUCCGACUAAUGUAGUAGUACGAAACAAUGGAUCAUGCCUCUACGUUCCGCCGGGUAUUUUUAAGAGUACGUGUAAGAUUGACAUCACCUGGUUUCCUUUUGAUGAUCAGCGUUGCGAAAUGAAGUUCGGGAGCUGGACGUACGAUGGUUAUCAAUUGGAUCUACAGCUACAAGACGAAGCGGGGGGUGAUAUCAGCAGUUUUGUUACAAACGGAGAGUGGGAACUUAUAGGGGUACCAGGCAAAAGAAAUGAGAUCUAUUACAACUGCUGUCCGGAACCAUACAUCGAUAUAACCUUCGCUGUAGUUAUACGGCGGAAAACGCUUUACUACUUUUUCAACUUAAUUGUUCCGUGCGUGCUAAUUGCCUCUAUGGCUUUACUGGGUUUCACCUUACCACCUGACUCUGGAGAAAAGCUGUCAUUAGGUGUGACAAUUCUGUUGUCUCUCACCGUGUUUCUGAACAUGGUAGCAGAGACAAUGCCAGCCACGUCGGACGCGGUCCCACUUUUGGGCACCUACUUUAACUGCAUCAUGUUCAUGGUGGCUUCUUCUGUGGUCUCUACUAUACUUAUAUUGAACUACCAUCACCGGCAUGCCGACACGCACGAAAUGAGCGAUUGGAUUCGCUGCGUGUUCCUGUACUGGCUGCCGUGGAUCUUGCGCAUGUCUCGGCCGGGAUCGGCAACCACACCGCCACCGGCCCGCGCUCCACCCCCGCCGGACCUGGAACUACGCGAGCGAUCCUCUAAAUCGCUCCUUGCUAACGUUCUCGACAUCGAUGACGACUUCCGGCACGCGCAUGCGCAGCAGCCGCCCUGCUGCCGAUACUACAGGUCCCUCGACGAUCUACACGAACACUACUCGCCGAGCGGAGAAGAAAACGGGGCAGGUCUUGCUGCACAUAGCUGCUUCGGUGUCGACUAUGAGCUCUCCCUCAUACUUAAGGAGCUUCGAGUCAUCACAGACCAGAUGCGCAAAGACGACGAGGACGCGGACAUUUCGCGCGACUGGAAAUUUGCCGCCAUGGUCGUGGACAGACUGUGCCUUAUUAUCUUUACCCUGUUCACAAUCAUCGCCACGCUAGCCGUGCUGCUGUCCGCACCGCACAUCAUGGUGUCGUAGCGACCCGCCCGCCUGCGUCUGCGCAUGCGAAACGUUCUGUGAUACCGCGAAUAUUUGUUAAGUUGUGAUGUGCGAACCGGUGCGGGCGCCGAUGCCGCGGCGUGGAAGUUGCCGCCGCCUGCGUUGCCACCCGCGCCUCUUUAGUCAUAAGUAACCGCUGACUGCCAUCCCCACGCAUUAAUACUGAAACUGCCUGUUCUUUCUUAUUUUAUUUCUUCGACGCCUAUUCCUUACCCUUUUCAUAAAUACGGACAUCUUGUGACGCAUCAACUAAGUACAUAUGUUCUUCCGAGAAAUCACCGUAAAUAAACGAUAUUUCCCCAAUCCAAAAUCAUGAAUGGUUUUCUGACUAAUCGACUGAUUCGAUUACGUGGCAGUAAUUAUCAUAUCUGGCGCGAAGCAGCGACCAGGCUUUUAGGAUUCCACGCUAGUAUAGUCGCCAUUACAGGAGAUCACAAUUAGUGACUGUGAUCGUAACGGAAAAUUGUAGCACAAAAAUGUCUUCCUUCAUACCUUUUUACGAUCUGUCACGUUAAUGUAUUACAUUGUUAGAGAUCCUUCUUGAAACUAUGUACAGUUUAGUGAUCGGGCAGACGAUAUCGGCCCAAUUGUUUCUUUCUCGUUCGAUUCCGUGAAUCGUGGUUAUGGUCCCUAACUUUAUUUUCGGACAUAUUUGUGUCAGUAGCUAGUAUAGAACUUUACAAACAAUGUUGUUUCAAUUGGUACAGGUUGUGAUACGCCUCGUUGUGAACGGGAUGAUAUUGUUAUAAAUAAUAAAAUAUCCAAAGCUAUAGCUUAUUAAAACGCUCGUUAAAAUUGUGUAGUUAAUGAAAUCAUUAUUUUAUUAAAAUCGUACUCGGUCUUUCGAAACAAUGUUAUACAAUUACAAUACAUGAUAUCACGUUUGUACCUAUGUAAUUUUUUCGAUACAAUCGUAAGUAAUGUUAAAUUUUUGAAGUUUCGGUCAAAAUAUAUAUUAUGUAAAGUUAUAGCCAUUUUUCCACGACGUCGAAUCAAACUCCAUUCAAAUUGAUUCAUUAUCCAAACGUUGGAACGCAAUAAUUGAACUUAAUUAUACCUUGGGAUCAUCUUGUGACGGUGCCUGAUAAUGGUGAUAGACGUUUAGAUGACUUCAUAAUCGCUAUGACGUGCAUAUGUUAUCCGUUUUCAUGGACUCAUUCCCUAUCCAUUUACCUGCCGUCAUUCCCUUAAAUGAUUUGAUUCAUAAACGUGGAAAAUAUAUAUCCUUUCUGAAAAGGAAAACGUAACGUGUUGACAGGAGCUGCUCGGAUACAUAAUCGUGCGAUGUUGUACCCUCGCAGAGCUCCUCCUAUGUUUUCCUGGUCUGAAACAAAUGCUGCACAAUUCAUAGCCGUUCCUUUGGAAGUUGCGGAGCGAAUAUGAAUAAAUGCAGAUGUUUUCCAUCGUUCACUUGUUAUUUUUGUUAACCAAUGCGAUCAUCACAAUUGUGUAUCAAACUGUUCGGAUCCGCGCAUUAUUUUGUUUACAAGAAAGCUGUCUUUGAUAAAAAAGUAAUGUGCGGUGUCUCGGCGGUAUUGGGGCGACGUUCGUCUCCAUAAAUUGUUCAAUUGUUAGGGUUAAUACUCUGAAUUGCACUUUGUUUAUUAAA